GAGAAAUAUGUAGCAGCGAGACGGGUCUCCUGGAUAAAUUACCCGUGCGGAAAACCAUUUGACCAAACUCCGGCUUCCUCUCUCUCUCUCCUCUAGGCUAACGCCUGUCCCCGACGCCGGCGACGAGGAGGAUCUCCAGCCAAGGCCUCAGCCGGUUUCAGAAUUUCUUUCUUAUAUCAACUCUGGAGGCAUCUGUUCCAUUAGUUCCUUUUGGGUGCCAAGAGUCAAGAAUCAAGACUGCAAAGUAAAGAUGGUCAAAUUAACAAUGUUGGCUCGUGUUACCGAUGGUUUACCAUUGGCUGAGGGAUUGGAUGAUGGUCGCGAUGUGAAUAAUGUGGAACUUUAUAAGCAGCAGGCAAAGUCUUUGUUCAAGAAUCUGUCAAAUAGCCAGCAUGAUCCUUCACGGAUGUCCAUUGAGACUGGUCCCUAUGUUUUCCACUAUAUAAUUGAGGGUCGUGUUUGCUAUCUGACAAUGUGUGAUCGUUCUUAUCCAAAGAAGCUUGCUUUUCAAUACCUUGAAGACCUCAAAAACGAAUUUGAGAAAGUUAAUGGCAGUCAGAUAGAAACUGCUGCCAGACCAUAUGCUUUUAUUAAAUUUGAUGCAUUCAUUCAAAAGACAAGGAAACUGUACUUGGACACCCGUACUCAGCGGAACCUUGCAAAGUUGAACGAUGAGCUGUAUGAAGUGCACCAGAUAAUGACUCGCAAUGUCCAAGAAGUUCUUGGGGUUGGAGAGAAGCUAGAUCAGGUCAGCCAGAUGUCCAGCAGAUUGACAUCUGAAUCUCGUAUUUAUGCUGAAAAGGCCAAAGACUUGAAUCGGCAGGCUUUGAUCCGCAAGUGGGCUCCUGUUGCUGUUGUGCUAGGAGUAGUCUUCUUUCUUCUUUGGGUGCGGAACAAAUUAUGGUGAUGAUAAUCUUGGACAAAUCCCGAUCUGGACAGCCGGAUGUUCAUGGGCGCUGCUGGGUUUUCAACAAAGAGCAAGGGCACUAAAUGCUUGCAUAAAAUACGAUUGGGUGAGACCUGCCUGUUUCUGAGGUGAUUGUUUGCCGAAAGCCUUUGCAGCCGGCUCAACUAUGAGACCAUGAAAGUUUUUGUAGACCUAUAUUUUUCCAUGAUGGAAAUCCAUGUCAUCUUUUACCUAGGCUAGACAUGACUUACACGAGUCGAUUCAUGAGCGUUCUUUUCCUAUGGAUGUUGCCUUCAAUCUGUGAUUAUAUUUUCUUCGCAAAAGACUCGUUUGGUUCUUCAUUGUUAAUAUCGAUAUGAAAAUGCUGCAUUUCCUGCUCC